AUGUCUUGGGACGAUGGUACGGCCAGGAAGGUGAAGAAAGUUCAUAUUACGUACGAUGACGUCAUCUACUCAGUCCAGUUCCCUUUGGAAUCGGACGAGUACAUAACAGCUCUUUCUGGUUACGCGUUGAGCACGCAAGACGUUGUAACAUCGUUGACUUUCACAACGAACAAGAAGACUUAUGGACCUUAUGGAAACAAAUUUGGUUAUCAGAUUUCUGCUCCUGAGAAGACCGGAAAACAGUUCGCCGGUUUUCACGGUACCAAAGACAAUAUUCUCAACUCCAUCGAUGUUCACUACGCUCCCAUACCCACUGGAACCGGCGGUUCAGAGACCGGUUCAGGGGCUCAAAGGUUGCCUGGAGAAGGUCUCGUGGGUGGAACGGCAUGGGACGACGGAUCUGAUCACGAUGGCGUGACAAAUAUAUAUGUAGCAAGCACCUUGUUGGGCAUUAAAAACGUAAUGUUCGGCUAUAUGAAAGAUGGAUCGAAACAAGGUGGCCACCACGGUGGUGACCCUACGAAGCAAGAGAUUGUGAUUAACCAUCCGGACGAGCAUCUGGUUUCAGUCGAGGGUUGGUAUGAGUCCAGCUCCAAAUUCAUCAUGGGAAUCCAGUUCAAAACUAACUACAAGAUUUGUGCUUCCAUGGGCUAUAGAUACGAGGGCGAUAAUGAUUAUAAAUUUACUCUCCAAGUUCAAGACAAGAAGAUCAUCGGGUUUCACGGUUUCGCCAGCAACCAUCUCAAUUCCAUUGGAGCUUAUUUUUCUCCGUUAUUCUCCACCACCACCCUUCCUAUUGGAACAGGUGGUUCAGGAGCUCAAAAGUUGGGUGCACAAGGUGUCACUGGUGGAUCUGCAUGGGAUGACGGGUCCUAUCACGACGGUGUGACAAAGAUAGUCGUAAGAACAUGUACGCUAGGGGUUCAGUUCGUUAACUUUUACUAUGACAACGAUAUCGGAGCAGUUCACGGUGCGCCAGGUGAUCCUACUGGUUCAACGCAUCAUAUUGUGAUUAACCAUCCUGACGAGCAUCUGGUUUCCAUCGAGGGUUGGUAUAUUUCUAAUUACAUCAGUGGAAUCCGAUUCAAAACAAACCAAAAGACUUCUGGUUACAUUGGCUAUGAAUACAAGGGCAGUGGUACUAUAUUUACUCUUCAAGUUCAAGACAAAAAGAUCAUUGGAUUUCACGGUUUCGCCAGCGACCAUCUCAAUUCCAUUGGAGCUUAUUUCGUUCCAGUACCCUCAACCCCAACCCUUCCUAUAGUUCCCCCGAAGAGGUUUGGAGCUGUGUGGGACGAUGGUACUCACGACAAAGUUAAAAAGGUCUUUAUAGGACUAGGCCAAGAUGUUAUAGCUUCUGUCAAGUUUGAAUACAUAAAUGGUUCUGGAGUGGUUAAUGGAGUUGAACAUGGGACACCAACAUUGCUUGGAUUCGAGGAGUUCACUUUGCAAUUGGGGUUAGACGAGUACAUAACGGCUCUCUCUGCUUACGUCGAAACGCUAAGCACGCAAGAUGUUGUAACGUCGUUAACUUUCACGACGAACAAGAAGAACUAUGGACCUUAUGGAAACAAAUCUGGUUUCCAGAUUUUUGCUCCUGAGGAGACAGGAAAACAGAUCGCCGGUUUUCAUGGUACCAGUGGCAAUGUUCUCAACUCUAUCAGCGGUUACUACGCUCCCAUACCCACCUAUAAAUUGGUUGCAGUAGGUGGCACAGGUGGGUCGGCAUGGGACGACGGAUCCGAUCAUGACGGCGUGACAAAGAUAACCGUAAGAACCGGUGGGGUAGGGGUUCAAUACGUUAAACAGAGGAACCUGUCCCUCGUCGAGGGUUGGUAUGAUUCCUCAAAUGUCAUCUUGGGAAUCCAGUUCAAAACUAACCAGAAGACUUCUGAUUACCUAGGCUAUGAGUCCGAGGGUACUGGUACUAAAUUUACUCUCCAAGAUAAAGACAAAAAGAUCAUCGGGUUUCACGGUUUCGCCAGCGACCAUCUCAAUUCCAUUGGAGCUUAUUUCGUUCUGUUACCCUCCACCACCACCACCAUUCCUAUCGUUCCCCCGAAGAAGCUUGGAGCUGUGUGGGACGAUGGUACUCACGACAAAGUGAAAAAGGUCUUUGUAGGACUAGGCCAAGAUGGUAUAGCAUCUGUCAAGUUUGUAUACAUAAAUGGUUCUUAUAGGGUUAAUGGAAUUGAACAUGGGACACCAGCAUUGCUUGGAUUCGAGGAGUUCACUUUGGGAUCGUACGAGUACAUAACUGCUCUUUCUGCUUACACCAAAACGCUGAGCACGCAAGAUAUUGUAACGUCGUUGACUUUCACUACGAACAAGAAGACUUAUGGACCUUAUGGAAAAAAAUCUGGUUUCCUGUUUACUUUUCCCGAGGAGACCGGAAAACAGAUCGCCGGCUUUCAUGGUACGAGCGGCAAUGUUCUCAACUCCAUCCAGGUUCACUACGCUCCCAUACCCACCGUCCAAAAAUUGGAUGCACAAGGUGGCACUGGUGGAACGGAAUGGGAUGACGGGUCUGAUCACGACGGCGUGACAAAUAUAUACGUAAGAUCAAACAUGGAUGGCAUUCAAUACGUAAGCUUCGACUAUGAGAAAGCUGGACAACCGAAACAAGGAGCCCACCACGGUGGGAGUGGUAGUAGAGGAUCAAAAGGAGAGGAUGAUGACAUUGUGAAUCACUGCAGAUUGCGAUUAACCAUCCGGACGAGCAAGUGGUUUCAGUAG